ACUCAUAGUCUGUGCAGACACACACAGUUACACAACAGAGGAACAGCAGUGUGUGUAGCUUGUGGAGUGCGUGUGUGUUCUGUGUCGCCAACUCUACUGAGCACUGCGAACAGGUCUGUCAACAUGUGGAUCGAACGUCCACAGAACCGGCAGGUUCACCCUGCUCCAGAAGCUAAGUGCUAGGCAUGGUGGGAAAAGCUACAUCCAACACAAGCAGGCAAAACCUGGUGACCUUUGAACCCUCUGACAUCACAGCUGACGAGCCAGACGCACGAGCCAGAAGCAAGAUGGCCGACGUGGUUGAGAGCCUGGACACCCGAGAACUGGACCUGGGAGAGGGGGAGGAGACUGACUUUGAUGCUGCACACCAUAUAGGGGACUGUCGUAUCCCCUUCUCUGCUGUGUAUGAGACGGUGGGCUUUAAGGAGGCCAGCGCCCGGAUCUACCUGCCCACCCUGCCCAUCACAGCCAGGAUCCUGGAGGUGGAGAGGUUCACCGCUAACCAGGACCGCUUCAACAUCUCCCAAAACAGGAGCGUCAACAAGUCUCUCCCUGCGGUGUUCCGGAUAGAGCUCAGACAUGGAGAGUUCUCCUGGGUGGUGAAGAGGAAGGAGAAGCACUUCCUGGAGCUGCACAGAGAGCUGCUCCGCUACAAGACCUUGAUGAGGAUCCCUCUGCCCUCGCGCAGUCACACAGUGAGGAGGAAGAGUGUGAGGAAGAGCGAGGUGAGGGAGAUGCCCUCUUUGCCCCGGGGUAACGGAGAUGAGCUGGCACAGGAUGAGCAGGUCUCCAGCAGGAGGAGACAAUUGGAGGACUACCUAAACAAGUUGCUGAGAAUGGCCAUGUACAGGAAAUACCAUCACACUAUGGAGUUCAUAGACAUCAGCCAAAUGUCCUUCAUCCACGACCUUGGUCCUAAAGGCCUGGAGGGGAUGAUUUACAAACGGUCUGGAGGACACCGCAUCCCCGGCAUGAACUGCUGCGGUCACAAUGAAGUCUGCUACCGCUGGUCCAAACGUUGGCUGGUGGUGAAGGAUUCCUUCCUGCUCUACAUGAAGCCAGACACCGGGGCCAUCUCCUUCGUCCUGCUGGUGGACAAGGAGUUCCGAAUCAAGAUGGACUCCAAAGACACAGAGACCAAACACGGCGUGCGCAUAGACUGUCUCUCUAGGACCCUGGUGCUGAAGUGCAGCAGCUACAGACAUGCGCGCUGGUGGGGCCAGGCCAUAGAGGACUUUGUGAGGAGACAUGGGAAGGCCUUCCUCACCGAUCAUCGCUUCGGCUCUUUCGCCCAGCAAGAGGAGAACAUCCCAGCAAAGUGGUACGUGAAUGGGAAGACUUAUAUGGAGGACGUGGCAGAUGCUCUCGAGGAGGCGAAAGAAGAAAUUUUCAUCACAGACUGGUGGCUGAGUCCUGAGAUCUUUCUGAAGAGGCCUGUCGUUGAGGGCAACCGCUGGAGGUUGGACUGCACCCUGAAACGUAAAGCACAACAAGGCGUCCGAGUGUUUGUGAUGCUGUACAAGGAGGUGGAGCUAGCACUGGGCAUUAACAGUGAAUACAGCAAGAGGACUCUGAUGCACCUGCACCCCAACAUCAAGGUGAUGCGCCACCCAGACCACGUCUCGUCCUCUGUCUACCUUUGGGCGCAUCACGAGAAGAUCAUUGUCAUCGACCAAUCAGUGGCCUUCGUGGGCGGGAUUGACCUGGCGUAUGGUCGCUGGGAUGACAGAGAACACCGCCUGACAGACGUGGGGAGCGUGACGCGCUCCGUUGCUAUGGAGCAGGCUGCCAACGCAAACACUCCAGCCAGUAGGGGGGUGUCCUCGAAUGACUGUGUUACCCAUAGCAACGGGAGAGGUGGGGCGCCAUUGAUAGAGAAAGCGGAGCUGCCAAAGCUGAAGGGAAUUGGUCGAACCAGGAAGACUCGUUUCAGCCUGUACAAGCACCUGCACAAACACACCCUCCAUCACUCUGAUAGUAUCAGCAGCAUCGACAGUACAGGUAGUGGUUCUGUGAAGAGCAUCAGCUUGCAGACUGGGGUGGGAGAACUCCUGGGCAACACUCGUUUCUGGCACGGCAAGGACUACUCCAACCUUAUCUACAAGGACUGGAUUCAGCUGGAAAAACCUUUCGAUGACUUCAUAGACAGGUACACCACUCCCAGAAUGCCCUGGCAUGACAUUGCCUCAGUGGUUCAUGGGAAAGCAGCCAGAGACGUGGCCCGACACUUCAUCCAGCGCUGGAACUUUACCAAAAUAAUGAAGCCCAAGUACCGGUCUCUUUACUAUCCCUUCCUACUCCCCAAGUCUCACACCAGUGCAAACCAGCUGCACUACCAGGUCACUGACUGUGUCAAUACCAAAGUGCAGGUCCUGAGGUCGGCAGCAGACUGGUCAGCAGGUAUAAAGCACCAUGAAGACUCCAUCCACCAGGCCUACAUCCAGACCAUCGCCAGGAGCAAGCACUACAUCUACAUAGAGAACCAGUUCUUCAUUAGCUGUGCAGACAACAAGAUGGUGUACAACCGAAUCGGAGACGCCAUCAUCGAGAGGAUCAUCCGAGCACACAAGGAGGGGAAAAAGUUCUGUGUGUACGUGGUGACCCCCCUGCUGCCUGGCUUCGAGGGUGACAUCACCACCGGAGGGGGGAACGCCAUUCAGGCCGUCAUGCAUUUCAACUACAGAACCAUGAUCAGAGGGGAAUUCUCCAUCAUCUCCCAGCUGAAGAAGGAGAUGGACGACCAGUGGAUGAACUACAUCUCCUUUGCUGGUAUGAGGACCCAUGCAGAGCUGGAGGGAAGCCUGAUCACUGAGCUCAUCUACAUCCACAGCAAGUUGCUCAUCGCCGAUGACAACACCGUCAUCAUCGGUUCUGCCAACAUCAAUGACCGGAGCAUGCUGGGGAAGCGUGACAGUGAGGUGGCAGUGAUUGUGGAGGACUCUGAAAUGGUUCCCUCCAUUAUGGAUGGUGAGGUGUACCAGGCCGGACGAUACGCACUGCAGCUACGCCUCGAGUGCUUCAGGAAUAUCCUGGGUGGACACACUGACUCCAGUAUAGACGUGUCAGAUCCCAUCAGUGAACGUUUCUACAAGGAUGUGUGGAUGACCACAGCUGGACGCAACGCCACAAUCUAUGAGAAGGUGUUCCGCUGUCUUCCCACCUCCCUGGUGCGUAACAUGGCGGAGCUAGAGCAGUACCAGUCCAAGCCCGGUCUGGCCCAGUCCGAUCCGGGAAGGGCCCAGGAGGAGCUGCGCAGGAUUCGGGGCUUCCUGGUCCAGUUCCCUCUGGAUUUCCUGUCCGAGGAGAACCUCAUGCCCUCGGUUGGAACCAAGGAGGCCAUGGUCCCCACGGAGCUCUGGACUUAAGAGCUAUAGAACCAGGGACAGGGCCACAACCAGUACUAGCAACACAUGUGGAACUAGAACCAAGAAUUGGUACUAAAACCAGCACUAGGACUGAAACUACAUCCAGGAUCAUGACCAGUACAGUAACCAAAACCUGCGUUCUCUAUCUGGACCUGUCCUGUAGGACUAGACAUGGUCUAAAUGUUUCUGGCAUUAGGAGGACUUGAACUGAUCUCUGGACCUAUAAACUGGAGCUGGAGAGAAGGGACUGAGAGCCAUUCUUGGGUUAUCUCCGGAGCUGGGCCUGUCAGUGUGUGUACUGUGAUCACGUCUGUUUUCCGGUCACUAGGCCUGUUGCUUUCUGUUGUAGAGUCUGUUGCCUCUCGCACUACAUGCACAGCACGUAAUGACACACACAAUCACCUACAUGCUUCCUGUAGAGGCUGUAUUUGCUGUUAAGAUCUUCUGAAAUUACAUUCAUUUUUGAAACAAGAAUGUGAAAUGUAAAUUUUCACGUGUCUUCAAUGCGCCAACGCGUUUUCUUGAAGCUAACUUUUAACUGGGGAACCAGUUUUUUCCUGAAAGAUAAUAUUGUAUUAUCUGUACCGGCUGUGUUUAGUAAGCUCCCACUGUGUAGCUAUAACUAACUAUCUUACUAACAUGGCUGAUAUGACGCAUGAGUCAAUCACAGGUCUGAGAACAGUUCAUAGAAUCACAGGGAGGCAGUGGAAUGGUGUUUCACUCUCCGGUUAACAGAGGAUUGGGAGUGACAGUUGCUGUUCAAAUGCUGCCUGUCUGUAUAAAAGAAGAUGACGCCAGUGUCUUCUGAAGAUGAACAUAGAGAAAGAAGGCAUGACAUAAAGAGACAGAUGUGUGAAAAAAGAAUGAGAGGAAGACAUAGCUGAGACAGAAAGGGUAAGGUGAUCUUUCUGUGGAGGGAGUGACAUUUUCCUGAACAAUGGGUCACUCUCGUGUCAUUCCUCCUUCAAGCCACCAGAGGAAGCUACCUGACAUGUCAUGUACAAUACCUCAACAAACUCAGUAGUAGAGGCAGGAUAGCUUCCUAAACUACAGUUGUGCCUGGUCUUUAGUAUAUGUUUCCUACAGCAUCUCUGUCUCUGUUAGCCAAGCGGAUAUGGUUUGAUCCACCUCACUUAUCUGUUGAAUAGAUGGUUAGACAUGUGUUCUCUCUGUGUUUUGUCAAGAUAUAAAGUUACAGUUUUUCACAAUCGAUAAAACACAUUUCUUGAAACUGUCACCCAUUUUCUUAAAACUGUAAACACAAAACAUCUUCAAACGAAAUUUCCCAAACCUCUGACUCUUCUGGCGAAAUCAAACCCUCGCCCCUAAACUUUUUAACCUGUGCUCAAAAUCAAACAAUGCUUUCAGAUCAUAAACACAACAAAUCAAUAUAUAAACACUACGGAGCAAUCAUUAGACACAACACAAAAAAAAAUGGAGAACACAGCAUCCAGGGCAUGUAGUUACACGUAAAGAAAAAUGUGUUUAUGUAUACACCUUAACUGCCUUUAGCAAUAAAGAAAAUAUUACAGUAACCAUCACAACUUACAGUAGUAAUGUCAACAAAGAACAAACAAAAACGUGGGAAAGACCCUUUGGUGUGCCGGAUGUAGUUUGUUUCACAGAUGACAACUGUGUUGUAGUUGUGUUUACUGUUUGCCGCCUGUGUUUACCAUUUUGCAGUACAAGUGCAUCACAGUGCAAAAUGUUUUUAGUGAAUGAGAAUGUGUUUAGAGUUUUGCCAAAAGAGUGUCUGAUUUGACAAAUGGGUUUAGGCCACUGAACAUUCGAUUCAGAGAAUGGGGUUUAGUGUUUUAGCAAUUGUGAAAAACUGUAAAGUGCCGGUGUUUUCUGCAAUGAAGCAGUGAAACAACCACAGACUUGCUGACGCUGCCGCCUGUGGCCUGUACACGCCGUUUCUCUGUAUUCAUCUUGUCUUUUUUGCACAGUUCCUUUCUGCAUUCAACUGUGUUUAUAUCUGUUUGUACCGCACGCUGUUGCCUGAAUAAACAUGGGAGUGUUAUGGUA